AUGGAAAAAGAGUAUUUACAAUGUCUCAAUCGUCAAUUAUUAUCUGCUAACUAUUGGUUAUCAAAAAUACCGAAAAAUCUAACACAUCGGUAUUCUAUCAGUUGGGAUUAUCCUCGAACAAAAAAUAAUAUUCAACAUAGGCAACGAUUAACUGAAAAUAAAUUAAAUCAAAUGAUUCGACAACUAAUGCGUCAUUUAGACCAGAAUUCAUCAUGUUGUUGGUCAGCCACAGGUCAAACAUCGAUCAAUCAAAUGGUGACUAUCAUAUCUGAAUCUCUAAUUACUCUAAUUAAAAAUGAUCUACAAACAUUACAUACAAGAUUUGAAGAAAAGAAAAUCUUAAUAAAAUACGAUGUUUAUGAUAUUAAUCUCGUUAAAUCAUUUUUGGAGUUAAAUCCUACAGAAGAACAAAAAAAUCAUGUGGAAAAAACUUGGAAAACAAAACGAAAAGCAUGUACACGUAAAAUCCAUCAAAUGAGAACAAGUUUAUCAGACAAAGAACAAGUUCAAGUACAAGGUGAUGUUUCAUCAAUGUUCACAGGAAAUAAUCCACUCUUUAUUGAUUAUAGUCAACAGCAAAGUGAAGUAUCUUUUCUAGAAUCAUUGAAUCCUGCCAUGCGUACUAUUAUUGAAAAUCGUUUAGCAAGCAUGGAAAAUCAUACAAAACAAAUUCUAGCAUUCAAUAACAAUCCUCUUACUCAAUUACAAUAA